AUGUCCCGCCCAGCUCCUCGGCCAGACAAGGAGGCGUACCAGCUGCUCGAGACCAAGUCGCCACACGUCGGAAUCAGCCUGCCAGCGAGCGACGACGAGCAGGAGGACGACGAGGACGCGACGGUCUUUGGGAGCGAGGGAGACGACGACGACUGGCUGGAGGGGCUGGACGGGCACAAAGGCAGGAUACAUAGACUCAGGGACAGCUGGGCGGACCAGGCGAGACGACCGCUUGUCGUGGGAGUCGCCGUCGCCGUCCUCUUCCUCCUCGCCAUCCUCGUAGCCGCCCUCGCCCACCCCACGUCUCGCCAUGUCCUCUCUUCGCCGUCACGAUGGUCUCUGCCGUUUCGGAAACCGCCACGAGUCCAGUGCGACCCGAAAGUCUCGCUCGCUGCCUACCUCGACUCGCAUUUCGGCCGGAACAAGGGCAAGGAGGGAGAGACGGUUGUCAUGUGGACGAUGGCGACAGGUUCCUACGUUCCUCAGGCUCGGAACUGGGACCUGAAGCGCGCAGAACUGGGAAUGGAGGAUGCAGUCGUCGUUCUUUGCCUCGACGCAGAGUGUCUGGACGAGUGCGAGCAGGGCGGCUUGAGGGCGUACGGAGGCUACUUGCGGGAGCACAUCGACUUGCCGCCCGAGACGAGCGGGAGGAUGCGGGAGAAGCGAGGCGCGGAGCGAGGGCACUUCAUGGCGUUCCUCAAGUUCAAGGCGAUGCUCGAGAUGGCGCAAAGCGGCUUUCCCUCGCUUUUCUUCGAGGGCGACACCUUCCUCACGACCAACCCCUUCCCUCACAUGCUUCCUCUCUCCUCGCCAAAUUGGGACCUCCAGUUCACCGAAGACGUCGGGUACAUCGUCAAUUUCGGCUGGAUCUUUGCUCGACCGAGCGAGGCGACCAUCAAGCUCUUCCAAGCCGCCUUCGACGCUUACGUCGCUCGCAACGAGUGGGAUCAACUCCUCCUCUCGAACACGAUCAUCAACCAAGGAGGGAAGGAAUGGCGCGGCGAGAAGGGAGACGAGCAUUGGUGGAUUGUUGAGCCGUUGGGUACGAGGAUCAACAUGUUGCCGCUGGAUAAGUUCCAAGCGACACACCCGGUCAUGCUCGAGUGGUACAAACCCGACCCGAACGCGCCUGAGCCGGUCAUGAACCACUUGACAGCGUUCUUCUUCCCGAAUCGACAGUUCUAUCCGAAGGAACGCGGCUGGGCGACCAACAUCGACUCAUUUUACACCCACCCCCGACCCAUCCUCUCUCCCUCCCCCAUUUCCGCCUCCAUCCAGUCGAUCAUGAAAUACGCGCGACUCGUGCACGUCCUCGCGCGCAAGACGGGGAUGGCGUUGCAGGUGCCGCGGAACGUGACGGUUGAGUGGGAGAACGGGGACGAGGAGGGGAAGUGGACGAGGGAGUGGACGAGGGUUGUGAGUGUCGAGGCGGCGAUGGAGCUCGACCUCGACCUUCUCGAAGCCCGCUUCUUUGAGCACGCAGCCCGCUACCUCCCUUCCAACACUCUCUCUUCCUGGCAGUCUAACACUCGGACACUCUCCCUCGCCGACUUUGACUCGCCCACAUCCCUCGUCGCCCGUCUGAUCGAGCUGAAGGAGGAGGACGGCGCGCAAGGACGGAUUGUCCGUCUGGACGGGUGGGAGGCGAGCGAGGCGGCAGAAUGGGACUUGGGUGAGAUCGAGGGCGUCGAGGACGAGUUCAAAAAGGUCCCCGCCUGCGAAGGAUACCACAUGGAUCACCUCCCGUUCCCGUGGUGCAAGCCCCUACCUCUCGACUACGCAUAG